CCAACACCAGCUGUUGAAGAGGCUGUCAUUUCCCUGUUGUAUGUCCAUGGCUCCUUUAUCAUAUAUUAAUUCAAGCAAGUUUUUUUUUUAAGACAAGGCAUAAACUACAUAAAAGAAAAAAGAUAAAUCCCAUCAAAAUUAAAAACAGCUCUUCAAAAGAUGUAUGUAAUAACAUAAAAAGGCAAGCCACAGACUGGUAGAAAACAUUCAAAAAAUCUAAUAAAGGACUUGAUAUAUAACAUAAAGAACUCUACUAUAUGUAAAGAACUUUUGAAUAAAUCAAAUGAAUAAAUGGGCAAAAGAUGUAAACAGACCCUUCACCAGAGAGAGAUUAGCACUAAUAAGCACAUGAAAAGAUGCUCAACAUCAUUAAUCCUUAGGGAAAAUGAAAUUAAAACCACAAUAUUAAGACAUCACCAUAGACCACUGUAAUUACUACAGUUAAAAAAGAGUAACAAUACCAAAUGUUGGAAAACAUACAGAGCAACUGGAACUCCCAUAAAUUGCUGAAGAGAAUGCAAAAUGGUAUAUGUGUUUUGGGAAAGUCUGGCAGUUUCUUAUGAGAGUCCUGUAGUUACCGUAUGAUGUAACAAUUCCAUUUUUAGGUAUUUAGCCAAAAGAGAACAUUUAUCUUGUCAAAGGCUUGCUCAGUCAUUGCUCCUCUAUUCACUGUAGCUAAAACUGGAAAGGACUCAAAAAUCCAACAACUGGUGAAUGAAUAAACAGAAUGUAUUAUAUCCAUAUAACGGAAUACCACUCAAUAACGAAAAGGGAACUACUGAUGAAACAAAGGAUUAAUCUCAAAAGCAUUAUGCUAAACGAAUAAAGGCAAAGACAAAAGACUGUGUAGGUUUGUCCAAUUGUAAGAAAUUCUAGAAAAGUCAAAAACCUAUUGACGGAUCACUGUGCCGGCACCGUGUAAAUAGUUUCUCUUUUCAGUUUCUUUGCAAUCCGGUGGCAGCGCCUGUAACAGAAAUGCUUACCAAACUUCCCUUACAACGGUAGUUUCUGUACAAGUUCGCCUGUGACAGAGCUCCUCUUUGUGGAAUUUCGGUUAUUCUUCGAAAGCCAUGUGGUCCAGGAGUUGAGGUGACUGCUGUCCGUUCCGGGAACACCUUCUCAGCUCCGCCCCCCAACCCAUCACCCACCAGCACUCCGUUUAUUUGGGCCGCCUUCCAGGCCAUUCUCGCGUCGUUCGUUUCCCUUUCUCUUUCCAUUUCGAUUCUGCCCCCUUAAAAAUAAAAUCAGUUUCGUUUCCGACUUGACCUGCAGGCCCCGCCCCCAAACAGCGCUCGCGAGCCGGACGUCUGAGCAGCCGCGGUUGAGCAGAGCUUGCGGGUCGCCGACGCAGCUGUGCGGUUGCUGUCUCCUGCUCGGCACCGCGACGCCCCGGGCGGUGGACGUCCUCAGGCCUCAGAGCUUCCCGUCUUUCCUUUUGCCUGGCGGGUGGCUGGACUCCGUCUCCACCGAAGGUCCGGAGAGCAGAGGCGCGCCGUGGAGCCCGCGAAAGCGGCGACGGAGCCGAGGCCACAGAGGAUGUCGCGGAGCGGCGCUCGCUCGGCUCCCGGUGUGGCCGCCGCGGCCUGGUCCGUCGCGUCUCGCGCGGCGGAGCCGCAGGGCACGCAGCUCUGGCUCUUCCCCUGCGCCGCGGGCCUCCGCAUGGCGCUGUCCCAAAGGACAGAGGCGACUCGCCAGAUGUGCUGCGCGCGCGAGCGUCUGGUGGUGCUGGAGCGCGGCGGGGCCGGCGUCGAGGUCCACGACCUGUGGGCGGCGAGCGCCAGCGCCAGGAAGCCGAAGUGCAUUAAGUUAGGAAAAAAAAUGAAGAUACAUUCCGUGGAUCAAGGAGCAGAGCACAUGCUGGUUCUAUCCUCAGAUGGAAAACCAUUUGAGUACAACUAUAGCAUAGAACAUGCAAGGUUUCAAUGCAUUUUACAAGAAAAAAAUAUAAUUCAGAUCACAUGUGGGGAUUAUCAUUCUCUUGCACUUUCAAAAGCAGAAAUAUCUCAGACUGGGUCGUUUAAACAGCAAAAAUUAAUUUCUCAACAGUUCUGGAGGCUGGAAAUCCAAUUCAAGGUGCCAGCAGAUACAGUGUCUGGUGGUGAGCUUUUUGCAUGGGGACAGAAUUCAUAUGGCCAGCUUGGAGUUGGAAGAAUAUUUGCUUCAACCCCUACACCAGAGAUUGUGGAGCAUCUCUCAGGAGUCCCCUUGGUUCAGAUUUCUGCAGGAGAAGCCCAUAGCAUGGCUUUAUCCAUGUCUGGAAACAUUUACUCAUGGGGAAGAAAUGAUUUUGGACAACUCGGUCUGGGCCACACCAAAAAUAAAAGGUCUCCUUCCCUUAUCGAAGCCCUGGACAAUCAGAAAGUUGAAUUUCUCACAUGUGGUGGCUUUCACGCUGCCCUGCUCACAAAGGAUGGGCUGGUCUAUACUUUUGGCGCUGGAAUAUACGGGCAACUUGGUCAUAAUUCAACAGAGAAUGAAUUAAGACCACGUUUGGUGACUGAGCUUGUUGGGAAUAGAGUGACCCAGUUAGCUUGUGGAAGGUGGCACACACUUGCCUAUGUUUCUGAUUUGGGGAAGGUCUUUUCUUUUGGUUCUGGAAAAGAAGGACAACUGGGAAGCAGUGGAACACAGAAUCAGCUGAUACCACUUCCCAUGAAAUUGCCAUCAGAUGAAGAGCUCAAAUUUGAGAGCCAUGCCUCAGAAAAGGAGUUAAUAAUGAUUGCUGGAGGGAAUCAAAGCAUUUUACUCUGGUUGGAAAGAGAGAAUCCCUAUGUUAAUCUGAGGAGGAAAAUUCCUACAUUGAAUGAAGUGACUGUAAGCAGGUGGAUUGCUGAUGUGGGGACUAAACAGUGGCAAAAUGCAAAAAGGGAAAUCAGAGAGAUAUUUUCAUCUCCUGCUUGUCUGACUGGAAGUUUUUUAAAGGAAAGAAUAGCUACAGAAAUGAUUCCUGUUCAUUUGGAUUUAAGUAAAGCAAGAAACACCUUCAAGGAGUUAACCCAGAAGGAGUGGAUCACUAACACGAUAACCACGUCUCUCAGGGAUAAUCUGUUCAAAAAUCUUCCGUUUCAUUCUCCACACCAAGAAGCUUUAGAAAUUUUCUUCCUUCUUCCAGAAUGUCCUAUGAUGCAUGAUUAUAACAACUGGGAGAGCCUAGUGGUUCCGUUUGCAGAGGCUCUUUGUAAAAUGAGUGACCAUUCGUCAGGCAUAAUGGAGAAAUAUUGGGCAUCUCUGCAAGAAUCUGAUCUCAGCCAACUGGUCCAGAUGUUUACAAGAGCCAUCACUGCUCAAAUGCGCUAUUGGACUGAAAGUCCAGAGAGUAACUGUCACAUUAAAGCUCUCUUAGAAAUGUUGAAAAGGCUGCACAGGUUAAACCAGGCUAAAUGUCAACUGCCUGAAAAUAUUUUCAAAGUAAAUGAACUCACGCACUGGCUUGAUUUUUAUGGAGAAGUGUAUAGAAGAUCCUCUUGGAAAAUGAGUUCAGGCACUUCAGGAGACCUCCAUUAUCCUGUCAUAUUCAGUCAUUUUCCAUUUGUCUUUAAUAACUUAUCGAAAAUUAAGCUACUAUAUGCAGACUCACUUUUAAAAAUACAGGAGAACAAAAUUAGAACUUAUAUGAGGUUGGUUGGAAUUAUGGAACAAGGAGCAUCUGAAUUAGCUUUGCUGCCCACCUUUAAUCUCAUAGUUAGAAGGAGUCACUUAAUUGAGGAUGUUUUGAGACACCUAUAUCUGUAUGAGAAUGAAGAUCUGAGGAGGGAGAUAAUGGUUUCCUUUAGUGGAGAAAUUGAACAUGAUUUUGGAGGAGUUAAGGCAGAGUUUUUCCACUGCCUGUUUGAAGAGAUGACCCGGCCAGAAUACGGCAUGUUCAUAUAUCCUGAAGAGGCUCCCUUUGUGUGGUUUCCUGUCAGGCCUAAGUUUGAGAACAAGAGAUACUACUUCUUUGGGGUUCUCUGUGGACUUUCCCUUUUCAGUUGCAAUGUUGCCAACAUCCCUUUUCCAUUGGGUCUGUUUAAGAAACUUUUGGACCAAAUGCCAUCAUUGGAAGACUUAAAAGAACUCAGCCCCAUUUUGGGAAAGAGUUUGCAGACACUUCUGAAUGAUGAAGGCGAUGGCUUUGGAGAAGUAUUUUACAUCUAUUUUAAUGUGCAUUGGGACAAAAGAGAUGUAGACUUAAUUCCUAAUGGAAGUUGUGUAAUUGUCAACCAGACAAACAAGAGAGACUAUGUUUCUAAGUGUGUUGAUUACAUCUUCAACAUCUCUGUAAAGGCAGUUUAUGACGAAUUUCAAAGAGGCUUUUACAGAAUGUGUGACAAGGAAAUCAUUGGAUUUUUCCAUCCUGAAGAACUAAAGGAUGUGAUGAUUGGAAAUACAGAUUAUGACUGGGAAACAUUUGAAAAGAAUGCACAUUAUGAACAAGGAUACGACAGUUCCCAUCCCACUAUAGUGAUGUUUUGGAAAGCCUUACACAAGUUGACUAUGGAGGAAAAGAAAAAGUUCCUUGUGUUUCUUACAGGAACUGACAGAAUUCAAGUAAAAGGUUUAAAGAACAUGAAAAUAACGUUUUGCUGUCCUGAAAAUUUUAAUGAGAAAGAUCCCAUAAGAGCACAGACGUAUUUUAGUGUCCUCUUCCUCCCUAAGUAUUCUACAAUGGAAAGAGUGGAAGAAGCACUUCAAGCAGCUAUCAACAGUACCAGAGGAUUUGGCUGACCUACCUCACACUUUUUACACCUUUUUUGGAAAUAUUUUCAGAAAUAAAAUUUUCAACUCAAAAGUUAACAUGAAA